UUCACCUGAUGACAUCUUUUGGAUAAUUCAUAUAUCAGGAGUGAAGCUUGUCAGACAGCAUCAAAAAGAGAAAAUCAGUAUUGAAAAAAACUGGUUUUAUACACACUAGACAUGAAGUAAUGGUUAUGAACUAUAGCACAGAGCAUUGUUAAAUGUACUUUUGCUAGAACAUAAAUGUUCGUCAUUUCCAAAGUAGUUCACAGCUUUCUAUUUAUUCAAUUGUUCCUGCUUCAGCUGCAUCCGCUGAAGCCGCUGAUUAAAUGGUGCUGAUAAGGCCUAAUUUUGGGACAAGAUCAAAAUGGCAGGGGGAUCCUCCCGCAUUGUCAUGGAAACCUUUGCACACAGCAGCGGCAGCAGGGAUGCAGAGGAAAACGAGGACUCCUGUUAUCCAGACUACGAUGACAAUUUGUACCUGGUCGACGACGAUGAUGAUGACGAUGACGAUAUCUAUCAGGAAUUUGAGGAAUUGGACUUCUUUCAGUUACCUGAUGCCAAAAGCAUCGCUUCGGACGAUUCCUUCUAUCCACCUGAUAAUUUGGUUGUCUCUCAGAGAUCCCCAACCCCUGAGGGUCCAGAGCAUCUCAGUUUUUUUAUGGCAUGCUGCAGUAAUAAUGCCAUCAUUGUCAAAAUUAUGAUCAGGCAAGGAGUCAGUAAAGAGGAAGUUCGAGAAGUGGAUAAAAACAACAGGACUGGUCUGAUUGUGGCGUGUUAUCAGGGCUACGUGGACGUCGUCAUCGCCCUCUCACAGUGUCCAUACAUAAAUGUAAACUGGCAAGACAGCGAGGGCAACACUGCUUUAAUGACAGCUGCACAAGCAGGUCACAUUAUGAUUACCAACUUUUUGCUGAACUACUAUGCUGGGGUGGACAUUGAACUCAGAAACUGUCACGGCUUCACGGCCAUCAUGAAAGCGGCCAUGCAGGGCCGCGCCCACUGUGUCCGUGCCCUUAUGAUGUCAGGUGCGGAUAUUGAGGUGAGGGACUAUGGGCGUAAGCUGAUGCCGCUUGAAUGGGCACUUUUCACAGGUCGCUAUGAGACAGCGCGGAUGAUGCAGAGGCUCAUGGACCGGCCAUGUGCCGAGCAGUUCUGCGACUCAUUCUGUAUGGAGUGGCCCAAGUUGUCUCAACUGGUGUGCCAGGCCAAGGAGCCCCAACCAUGCUGGAGGGAGGUGUCGGAGCGCAUGUGCGGCAGCUUCAACUUCAGGAUGAGGAUGGAGCCUCUGGAGGAGGGUGCGUUAGACUACAUGGUGCGUCUGACCACAGCGCUGGCAAGUCCGCUUGUGGCCACUGCCUGCAGUACAGUAUGCCCAGGCAGCCCCCCAUGUGUAGGCAAACAUCGACCAGCUGUUCCUGAUAUGCUCCAGGACAAUGACAAGCGAAGGGAGGAUCUUAAGGGAAUAGAAAAAUAUAAGUGUCUCUUCCAAAAUGGUCGCGUGCCACUGGUUGUCAAGGAAAGGGAGAAGGGUGCCUGCCGGCAAGUGCCAACGCUGCCAGAUGUGGUACUGGCGUCCAGCAUGACACUGUGGAGGAGCAGCCUGCUGCCACUGCACAUGAUACGCAGGAGAAGCGUGUGCCCAGGUCUUGUGGUGCCCAGGGUACGCAUGUGCAAGGCUCCACCACCAACCUACAUACCUGAGAGGAACCGGUGCAGGAGCAAGAAUUCACAGCACCUGCAGGUGCCCAAGUGGAAGUACAAGCUAUUGAAAAAGGAGAAAGAGCAGGAAAAGCAAAAUGACAAGCUCAGACUUCCUACUGUGAAGAAGAGAUGAGGCAGAGCCGAAAAUUUCAUGUGAUUCAUCUUCCACUGUGAUUCUCUAAUCUGUUCACGCAUAAUAGCAAGGGGAAACUCUCGUCUUUUACCAAAGAUAAGCUGAUGAUUCCUAUAUAAUUGAAGAUUCAGCUUAUAUUUUUCUAACAGAACAGACACAUUACAGAGGAAUAUAUAUAUUUGAAACCAAUGCAGAUGAAUUUUUUUGCGCUCUCAUUGUAAAUAACUUCUCUCAUGGUUUGUGGACACCUGACCAUCAGAUUCACAUGAGCUUUUUUAACACUUCAAUCCACAUUUGGUCCUCACUUGCUGGUAUAAUAACCUCCACUCUUCUGGGAAGAUGUUUCACUGUAUUUUGGAGUGUGCUUGUAGAGAUUUGUUAGUAAAGUCAGGUAUUGAUGUAGGUUGAGGAGCUCUGGGCUGC